CAGGACCUUUCUUGGUGGGCAAGACUGGGUGCCCUCUCCGCGGAGGGGCUCCCGGCGCUGUGGGCUCCCGGUCCAGGGGCGUCCUGAUGCCAGGCAGGAUGGAAGGCGGUGAGGGGCACGGGAUCUGCGCGAGGAAACCCUGGGCGCAAAGUCCCACUUCCCAGCUAGUGUUCCCACUUAGUUCUUGUCUUUGUCUAAGGCUCUUUCCAAGACUCCGUUUCCCCAUCUGUAGAGCCGGAGUAAAUAGCGUCCUCCCAGCAGAGCUGGGAUGGCAAUUAAACGAGGUGCCGCGCGCUCCGCGGAACGUUCGGGCAAGCAGGAGUCCUCGCACUGAGGGCAGGACCCCGCGGCCGCAUCGCCGGCAAAGUCACGCGACUCGCCGGCUGUGGGCUCAACCCCGCUUCCUGCCGCCGCCUUUCUCCCCGAAGCUGGCUUGGGGCGAGGACCGAGAGGCCCUGCACCGGCGCCUCCAGCGCGGACACUGGGGUUGCUCGGCCCUCCGCCCGGUCCAGCACCCCGAGGUGCCCGCGCUCCCGGAGCUGGGCGGGGCGCAGCCCACGUGACCCAGCGGGCAGCACCCGGACCUCCCCGCUGCCCGCCAGGCCCAGGCAGUCCAGAGCUCCUGCCCUGUGCCUUGCGCCCUGCUGCCCCCCGUGCGCCCCGACCAGACGCCCAGGUGUGAGCCUGACGAGGAGCCACGAUGGGGAAAAAGCUGGACCUUUCCAAGCUCACGGAUGAAGAGGCCAAGCACGUCUGGGAAGUGGUGCAGCGGGACUUUGAGCUGAGGCGGAAAGAAGAGGAGAGACUGGAGGGCCUGAAGGGCAAGGUGAAGAAGGAGAGCUCCCAGAGGGAGCUGGUUUCCGACGCGGCCCUCCUGAGCGACACCCACUGUGCCCACUGCCUGCAGCCCUACCGGCUCCUGGGGGCCCCCAAACGGCAGUGCCUGGACUGCCGCCUCUUCACCUGCCAAGGCUGCAGCCACGCCCACCCCGAGGAGGAGGGCUGGCUCUGCCACCCCUGUCACCUGGCCAGAGUCGUAAAGAUGGGCUCCCUGGAGUGGUACUACGGGCACGUGAGGGCCCGCUUCAAGCGCUUCGGAAGUGCCAAAGUGAUCCGGUCCCUCUGCGGGCGGCUGCCAGGGGGAGGUGGGCCUGAGCCAAGCCCAGGAGAGAGAAGUAGAGACAGUGAGCAUUCCGAUACGGAUGGAGAGCUGGACACAGGGGCUCAGACCCAUCCCCUUGGCAGCAAACCUGUGCCCGCCAAGAAAAAGCGCCUCCUCCCCAUUCACAGCCUGGACUUCGAGGCCGACUCUGACGACUCCGCGGGGUGUUGCAGUCACCCCCCGAGCCUGUCCCCAGUCCCAGCGGCCCCGGACAGCCUGCAGGCCCUCACAGGUGAGCCCUGCACGGAGGAGGCCGCCUCCCAGGAGGCCAUGGUCCUGCAGGAGGCUGAUGCCAGGGCCUCUGGGUCCCACCCCCACCCAGAAGAGCAGACGGACAGCCUCUCCCUUGCCGGACGGGAUGCCCGCGCUGAGCUCUGCCUGCCAGGAGAGUCCUGCCCAGCAGCCCCGGGGAUCGCUGCCACUCCUGGGGCGAGAGUCGUCAGGAACGAGCAGCUCCCCUCACAGUGCCUGGCCGACGUGGACACCUCGGAUGAAGACAGCGUGCGGGCCCGCAGGGCAGCCUCCCACCUCUCCACUCAGAGCGGCCGGACCUCACCUGCGAGCCAGGGUCCUGGUGCUGGCGAGCCCACGGAGGCGGACGUGGAGGAGGAGACCCUGAAGAGAAAGCUGGAGGAGCUGACCAGCAAUGUCAGUGACCAGGGGGCCUCGUCCGAGGAGGAGGGCAAGGACAAAGGGGCGGAGCUGGAUAGGAGCACUUCCUUGGAGGACCUCCCCCGGAUGACCCCAGAGGUGUGCACGUCUGCAGGCCAAACACACAGAUGGGAAAAGAGCCCCCCCGGCCCCCAGGGCCCCCUGCAGACCGCCAGGACCCCGGACGAGGCGCUGUCGCAGCUGGAGGACAGGGUGGCCGUGACGGCCUCUGAGGUUCAGCAGACGGAGAGCGAGGUGUCAGAAAUCGAGGCCAGGAUCGCAGCCUUGCGGGCCGCAGGGCUCACGGUGAAGCCCUCAGGAAAGCCCCGGAGGAGGUCUAAGCUCCCGGUAUUUCUGCCCCGACUUGCUGGGAAAUUGGGCCAGAGUCCCGAGGACCCACCUGCAGGCCCUUCCGAUGGGGCUGAGGUGAUGGCGGAUCCCUACCUUCUGAGGGGGAAGUUCAGCAAUUCCCCUGAAAGUCAAGGCAAAGAUGACGAGUCCUUUGAUCGGAAAUCUGUGUACCGAGGCUCCCUGACACAGAGAAACCCCAACGGCAGGAGGGGCACUGCCCACCACAGCUUUUCGAAACCUGUAAUGACCCACCAGCCCUAAGCGGGAGAGGUUCUUGGGAACAGGACAGAGCAACAGAGCAGCCCGCCUUGCUUUCCCUCCCCCACAGCCAUGAUGUCCCCCCCAUCGGCCCUGUACUCUCCAUUCUACACCAUCCAGUGGAGAAACAGGAAGACACACCGUCCGUGAUGGAACCCCACCUGUGAAAUGACUAUGGUCCUCAGACCUGCAGCUGCUCACCCCCAUUCAUUGACAACUUCCCAGGCCACCGGGCCAGCCUGUUCUGAUCCAUGAGAGACAUCUAAGCUACAUCUUUCCUUCAGGACAAUGUUGUUUAAAUUUUUUGAAGGACACACAGAAAACCUAUUCAGCAAGAACUUUCACCCCAUUCACUGCUGCCUUUCUUAUGACGAUUUCAUGAAUGGAACAGAAAGGAAUGACAGUGUGCAUCAGAGUGUGGGCCAGGCCAGUGUGUGUGUAUUCUGUGUGGGUGUAAUUGGAGAAGGAAAUUGGGCAUCAAUACAAGGAAGGAACUGAACCCAUGAUCAGCUGAAUAAUGAGAGAGGAAUAGAGCCCCUGACACCCCCCCUCCC